AUGUCUUCCGACUCUACGUUCUCCUCCUUCGACAACGUUGGCAGCAGCAAUGUCACCUCCAAGGUAGCCACUCCGUCUACGACUCUCCUGCCGCGUGCUUCGGUCAUCGUCUUUGGCUCACAGGGCUCGGACUUUUUGAGUGCUUUCGACAACAUCUUUGUUCUCUCACGCUACUAUCCUGAGCUCUCCACCUUCCUGACCUUGGCUUUGGCUGCCGUUCGCGCUGAAAUCGAAAGCGUUGCUAGUCGUCACAGCAAUACGUCCACCUCGAACGGGUCGGAUCCGAUCGGCCAACGGCGGUCCGAGGUCGAGCUGCUGGCUUGCCUGCCUCCUAUAGAACCGUUUACCGAUCUCAAGGCGCUCGUCGAGUACCAUCGUCGAAAUCAGCUCAAGGAUCCGGUCAUCAAUGGCGUGCUUCUAUGCCUCCUUCAAACCGCAAGCGUCGUCGCUGUCUACUGCGUAGUACAUGACGAUCGAUGUUGUCAGCAUGCUCUCAGCACAUCAACGCAAUUAAAGCAAGCUUGGAAAGCUCUGACUCAGCCGCGCUCGCAUCUGCUCGGCUAUUGCACCGGCGUCCUACCUGCGUUCAGCCUUCGUCGACUGGCAGAGGAUGAUGCCACUGCUUGCAACGUCGAUAUUUGGAACUACACGAAGGACGCACUCAGAGCCAUCCGCAUUUGCUUCUGGAUCGGGCUACGUUCGGCUCACGCCCGUCUUCGGAUUGUUCAGGCAGAUGAUCUUCACAACGCAAUCGACCAAUACUGGAGCUUCUUCAUCUCGGUCAAAGACACCGACUACCUCGAAAAGGUUGAGUUGCGUCUCGCACUGUUCAAUGGAUUUGAAACGCAACGGCCGCUGGACGAGUGUCUUCCGCUUGUUGUCUCUGCUAAGCAACACAACCAGAUCUCAAUCACAGGACCCCCGCGAACGCUGAAGCGCUUCGAAGCCUACCUAAUGGAGCACCUCGGCUCAAAAUGCAAGACUCUCCCUCUCAAACUUUUCGCGCCCUACCACACUCCUGCUCUGGCUGUCGAAGCGGAUUCUGUGAUGCUGGACCUCGAAAGUCGUGGUCUGAUCGACGAUUCCAUGUUGCCCCCAAGCUCAAAGACCGUCUGGGAAACCGCAGGCGCUCGUGUGCUCUCUCAGACAAGUUUGCGUGGUGCCUCGCGGAUUCUCGUUGACAGCAAUCUCUGCGCGCCUGCAGAUUGGGAGUCUAUGAUUGAUCGUCUCGUUGCUCUGGAAGCCGAGCUGCCGCGCGACAUGCAUUCAGAAGAUCGAAUUAUCGUCUCGAUCUGUCCCGGAGCCAGUCUCGGCGCAGACAUCAGGACGCGCCUCUCAGGUCUCAACAACAUGCCGGUCAACGAUGGAUCAGUCGUCCAUGUUGACGUCAACAUGCUCUUGUCGAAGCAAUCCUCGUCUUUGAUGCAAGCGAUUCCCACUGUUCCUCUUCCGCCUCAGCCUGACGUGGAUGGAGAGGAGGUUGUGGUCGUGUCGAUGUCGUGUCGCUUUCCCGGCGAUGUACGAACCCCCGACCAGCUUUGGACAUGCCUCGAGACCGGUAGAUCGACCGUCGCAGAGAUUCCAAAGCACUUGUUCGAUAUCGACGCCUACUAUGGCCAAGGAUUGAAUCAGACCUUGGCGAGACACAUGCACGCCUUGCCCGAGCACGUCGUCAAGUCGAUGGAUGCGCGCUUGUUCAGCAUGUCGCCCAAGGAAAUGGAGCAGCUCGAUCCACAGCAUCGUCUGGUGAUGCUUUGCUCCUACGAGGCUCUCGAGCGUGCAGGCUAUUCGGCAGAAGCCAACUCUCCCUCUUCUUUCGACGGCAAGCGCAUCGCUGUCUGCAUGGCGGCAAGCUGGGACGACUACCGAGAGAAUGCUAGUUGGAACAUCGGCAGCUACUUUAUCACCGGCAACAUCCGUGCAUUCAUCCCAGGUCAUGUGUCUUUCUCGUUGAAAUGGGAGGGGCCCAGCAUCUCGGUGGAUUCGCUAGAAUGCUCGGCUGUAUCAGCGCUCCAGUGGUCUAGGAGGGCACUGUUGAGCGGUCAGUGCGACGUCGCUCUUGCCGGUGCAGUCAAUGUCCUGACUCAGCCGCAGAUGUUCAUCGCCAUGGACAAACAAGGGAUUCUCUCUCGCAGUGGUACGAAUGCAACCUUCUCUUCUAGACACGACGGGAAGACCCGAGGCGAUGGAUGCGGAGUCAUGCUGCUGAAGCGUCGCUCGACUGCACUGCGGGACGGCGAUGAAAUCCUUGCGACCCUGCCAGCCGCCAGAACCACAUAUCAUGGGCGCAAUCACGAACAAGAGCAAGACAGCGCCAGUCAGUCCCGCUUUCUAGCUCGCGUCAUGUCGGAAGCCGGCGUGUGUGUCACGAGGCUUGUGCACAUCGAAGCAGCCGGACACCACACACAACAAGGAGAGGCAGCCGAGUUCGAGUCCUUCAGCCGUCUUUCAUCUCAGGACAAGGCCAAUUUGGCCUCCAGAGGCGAAGACAGAAUCUCGGUUGCCAGUUCCAGACCGAACAUUGGCGCAGGGGAAGCAGUGUCCGCAAUGGCGUCGGUCAUGAAAGCGGUACUCAUGAUCCAGCGAGGAAGCGUGCCAAGGCAAAUCUCGAUUUUGGAACCAUCCGAACUGCAGCUUAGUAUCGCCAAAACAUGUGCCGAAUCUCCCUUGUUCGUGCCAACACAAGCGCGAAGUCUGCCACACGGUCGAAAUCCCAGUGAUCGAUGCAUCAUCCUUGUCAACAGCCUUGCCAGCACCGAUUGUCACGGCGUGGUGCUAGUGGGCGAGCCCACGCUUGACGAGGCUCCUCAGCUACAUAUACGGUCUACCAUAGGCGACAAAGCUGCUCGUAGCCUUGACGUACCCGCUUGGGCGUUCGUACUUUCCGCCAAAACCCGAGAGUCGGCAGAGGUGAUGAAGCAAGCAUUGAUCGACUAUCUCCAGCGAGAAGUGAAUCUUGCCGACUUGAGUUACUCUCUCACUUGUCGCAGAACACAUCAUCCGUUCCGACUGAGUGUGGUUGCUUCUGAUAAGGACGAUCUAAUCCGACGUCUACGUACCGCUGCUAUCACCGAGGCUAAGACACAGGCCGAUCUUCCGCCGUUGGGUCUUCAUUUGCAAGACUUGACAAUCUCGUCUGAUGGCAGCGUAAAGGGAGCUUUCAGCCACACCCUGGCACUGCAGGAUUAUCUCGAGGACCUGCCCGCCAUUGCAGAUCAUUCCGAGACUUGCAGUGACGCAGAGAAGCAGUUUGUUGCGCUGCAGGCCUGCCUAGCUUUGCUCCUCGACGAUUGCGGCGUGCAUCCGUCUUUUGUGUCCUGCACCAAGAAGCUGAAGCACAUCAUUUACCGCCUCUUUCCAACGGCAAAGACGGACGAUACUUCCGAAAGCUAUUUUUUGGUCCGCAUCGGACCUCUGAUCAGCGUCUCAUCUGACACAUCGGAGGACCAUGCUAAGCUCAUUGAAUCCACUGAUUACGCUCAAAGGCUGCAGACCUCGUUGAUCUCCACUCUGGCUGCUUUGCAUCAACAAGGCUACUCCAUCCAAUGGAUUGAGUUCUUCCGUCCUCAUCUUGGAUCUCUCAGCUUGUUGAAGUCGCUGCCAACGUAUUCCUUCAGCCUGCAACAGUACUGGAUGGACUACCACGAUCGCAACCUUCUUCCGCGUCCAGCGUCCCGUGAGGAUGGUCUCACCGGGUCCGUGGAGCCGUCUGCCAAUACGACUUACGAUCCACCCACUCAACCUUUGCUGGAUCAACAAACGUCAGCAGAUGAAGGGUCAAUUACAUACCGCUCAUACGCGACCUCUGCUGUCCUAUCGGCUUUGCUCGAGAAGAACAUCCAUGGCGCCGUGAUCGUGGAGUUGAUGACAGAGGCCAUCAGAGAGGCUUCUCAAUCCAUGGAAACGAUGGCCGACUCGGCAGAUCACCCCUUCCUCUGCCUUAAAUCUCCGGUGGCGCGCGAUGAGUUCAGGUCCAUCUCAGACAUCGACGACUUGUCGAUCAGCGUCAAUAUUGUUGCGAGCUCGGAGGAUCGCAUUACUGGUCAAGUCGAGGUCACAGCUGACCCUUCGCGAGCGCUGGUCGGCAGGCUCGUGUAUGACUUAAUUUCGCGAGAAGACAUGUCUCGACGCUGGACGUGUCUUCAGAAAUUGCUGCCAGAGAAGGUAUCCCGGCUCAAGGAUGAAGGCGAGCUCUUCUCUUCCAAGCUCGUCUACAUCUCUCUACAAGCGAAUCCCGCGACCGCUACAAAGUCGAUCCAGAGGGCUCACUCCGACCGUGAAUCGUGUGAGGCUGUCGUCUGCCACUCCGUCCAACCAGACAAUUCUUGGUUGCUCGUUGAACGCAACCUCGUGUUGUUCGAACUCUUUGCCAGCCUAGAGGAGAGUGCGCGCUGGUUCGUCAACGAUACGACCAACUCUGCUGGCGGCAAGCUCACGUUUAUAGGCUUCGACGAAAUUUUGAUCCGUGGCGACUGGCUCUCAAGCCUUCAACGGCCGACAGGCUCCACGGGCAGAUACACCGUCCACAUCUCACACAGCCCGACAGCUGAAUCUCCAAAGCCCCCGACUGCAGAGGCGCCAGAGCUCGAUAUACUCAUCCUUGAUCACGCCGAUGAGAUCGUCGGAGAGUUGAUCAGAUUCCGACUCGCGAAACGUUUCUACGAGGCAAAGAAGCCUGUAUCUAAGGUCCAAGCAAAGGUCAUCUCAGACUCUGCGAAAAAUGCUGCGGCGGCGAAGGAAAUCUUGCCGCAGAUCAGGGCUUCUCCGUCGACGGCUGCAAAUACACUGCGAACAAGACACACCGACCGGGCAGCGGGGUUGCACGCGAAGGUGCUGGACGUGCUUGCUUCGGAGCUAGGCAUUGGGGUCGAGGAAAUGAAACCUAGUGUGAAAUUUGCCGAUCUCGGACUGGAUAGUCUUAUGUCUUUGGUCUGCAUAUCUACGUUGGAGACGUUGAACCUCGGAUUUGACAUCCCACAGUCGCUAUUCAUGGAGUACGACAGUCCUGUGGAGUUGCUGCAGUUCAUUCGAGGACAUACCAGCGAGAGCACUGAGGCUGAGGAGAUGGAGUUGGAGCAAGGAGCGACGGCUUUCGUUGAUAGGGAAGAGCAUCAUAGUGGACAAGCGACGCCACCAUUGUUAAGCAGAGCGGCUGUGACAACUCAGCAAGGACUGCAAUCGGGCAGCUCGGCCGUAGAAAAAACCGUCAAGGCCAUCCGCUCUACCAUCGAGACUGAGCUUGGUGUUGACGAAGGCAGCAUCGGUCCCGAUGCCAAUUUGGCCGAUCUUGGUAUGGACUCGCUCAUGGCACUGCUUGUGCUCGGCAAUCUGUCGGGAACCUUGCCGUUCGAGCUACCAUCUUCGCUCUUUAUGGAUUGCACUUCGCUUCGGGAGAUCGACACUUUUGUAACGACCCAACUCGGCGGUGCAACCGGUGCUGCUCCGAGCGCCACUGUCAAUGAUGCAGCCCCGGUCGCCCUUGUCGCUUUCACUCUACCACCUAUCAAAAAUCCGAUCCUGUUGCGCAAUAGCACAAAGUCAGCGAGCGGUCCUCCGCUUUUCCUCCUGCCCGAAGGAGCCGGUAUGGCGACGAUCUAUCAGCUUUUGCCUGCCAUCGAUCGACCAAUCUACUCGAUCAACUCUCCUUUCCUUGGCGACGCUUUUGCAUGGACGGGUGGCAUCGCUCAGAUCGCGCAAUACUACCUUGCGAGCAUCGAGACGAUCCAACCCGUCGGUCCAUGGCUUCUCGGGGGGUGGAGUUUCGGCGGAAUGGCAGCAUUCGAAAUAGCACGUCACUUGGCUUCUAUCCCCGGUGCGGACAACGACAGAGUCGCUGGGCUCUUUAUCCUCGAUUCGCCCAGCCCGCAAUACCCUCCCCUGCCGAUGAGCAUCCUCGACUGGAUCAAGGGCGCUCCCGAGGUCAAAGACAUCGCUCCACCAACCAUGUCCGCCAAACUCAUCGCCCAUUUCAAAGCAACCGUCGACAGCCUGAUCGGCUGGAAACCGAACAUGAUCGGUACUCAGUCCAAGGCGUUGAAAACUCCUCCUAAGACAUGGUACAUUGUUGCAGACGAUCCUUUGCCAGGUAACAUUGAGGACAUUGAAGAGAUCAACGAGACAGUGCGUUGGCUUUUCCGUCCGAAUCGUGCACGAACAAAUGGCGCGGAUGGUUGGCAGGAGGUGAUUCCGGGGGAAGAGAUCGAGGUCGUGUCCGUAGCAAACGCGAACCAUUUCACGAUGGUGAGAGAACCAGCGGCAUCGCAGGUCGCAGAUGUACUGCAGGAUGCCUGCAGGAAAGCUUUGCUUGGAUGA